AAACGUUUUAAUUUCUGUCUUUGUGUAAGAAUUUCACGACUUACACUUUCAUCAAAAUUAUAUUUGAAGUUUGUUUAAUAUAUUUCAGUGUCUUUUAUAUAUAUUCAUAUACGCAUAAUAUAUUAAUAUCAUAAUGUCUAAGAAAAAGGGAAACAAGAAAAAUCAAGAUUUUGAUGAUGAGUUUGAGGAAAAAAAGUCAACAACAGCUGGUAGUCACGACUUAACCUCAAAAAAUAAAGGAAAAAGUAAAAAAAAGAGUAAAGGCAACGUAGGCGAUUGGAGUGAAAGUGGUGAUGAUGCUCCUGUGAAAAAUCAAUUGUCGGAAGAAGAAGAAAAUAUCAAAUCAGCCGUAAAGAAGUCACAAAAAAAAGUUAAAAAUAAGAAAAAGGAUGGUGAACAUUCUGAUGAUGAAGAUGAUAGUAAAUCUGUAGUGAGUAAUACCACAAGUACUGCAUCAAAAUCUACGACUAAAGCCAGUAAAAAGAAAAAGGGUAAAGGUAAAAAAGAUGAUGACUGGUCUGACGGCAGCGGUGACUUAGAACUGAAGGAAGUGUCAGAAGAUGAAGUUGUAAAACCUGUUUCCAAAAAGAAAACUAAAAAUAAAAAGAAAAGUAUAGCAGUUGAAUCUUCUGAUGAUGAAGAUUAUGAUGAUUCAAAAUCAGUAGUUAGCAAUGUAUCUAGUAAUACAGCUAAACCUGCAGCAAAGUCAAAGAACAAAAAAGGUAAGGGUAAAAAAGAUGAUUGGCCUGAUGAAGAUAGUGAUAAGGAAUUAAAUAUACCAUACGACGAUGAUGAUGACCUCCCUCAGCUUCCUGUUAAAAAUAAAGGUAAGAAUAAAAAAAAGAACAAUAUAGACGACAUUGAAGCAGAACUCAAGAAAUUUGAGAUUAAAGAGACUGCAGAAUCUGAAGAACAACCUAAAAAAUCCAAGGAUAAGAAAAUUAAAAUUAAAGACCAGGAUGUUGUAUCCGAGGGUAGACAUUCGGAUGAUGAGGCUUCAAUGGAACUGGAUGAUAAGCCUACUGAAUUGCCAAAUAAAGAACUUACCGAACCUGCGGAAAAGAAAUUAAGUCACAAAGAGAAGAAGAAGCUAAAAAAGCAGCAGGAGUAUGAGAAACAAGUGGAACUAUUGACUAAGAAGGGUGGUCAAGGGCAUAGUGAUCUGGAUGCAAACUUCACUGUUAGCCAAGCUCAGAAAUCUGCUGGUCAGAUGGCAGCACUAGAGAAUGCGGUGGACAUUAAAGUGGAAAAUUUCUCCAUUAGUGCUAAAGGGAAGGAUUUGUUUGUGAAUGCUAACUUGUUGAUCGCCAAUGGACGUCGGUACGGUCUCGUCGGACCCAACGGUCAUGGCAAGACAACGUUGCUACGGCAUCUCGCGCAGCGCGCUUUCCCUCUCCCUCCACAUAUAGAUAUACUGUUGUGCGAGCAGGAGGUCACAGCCAGUGAUAAAAGUGCUGUCGACACGAUCUUGGAGGCUGACGUCAAGCGAACUGAAUUGUUGAAUGAGUGCAAGCAGUUAGAAAUCGAAACGGAAAAAGGAAAUCUUAGCAAACAAGAUAGGUUGAAUGAGGUAUAUGCGGAAUUAAAAGCAAUAGGUGCGGAUUCCGCCGAGCCCCGCGCUCGUCGUAUAUUGGCAGGUUUGGGUUUUAGCCGGGAAAUGCAGGAUCGAGCCACUAAAAACUUCUCUGGUGGUUGGCGUAUGAGAGUAUCGCUUGCCAGAGCCCUGUAUGUAGAACCAACAUUGUUGUUGCUCGAUGAACCGACAAACCAUUUAGAUCUUAACGCCGUAAUUUGGUUAGACAAUUAUCUGCAAGGUUGGAAAAAAACACUCUUAGUGGUAUCUCACGACCAGUCAUUUUUAGAUAAUGUUUGUAAUGAAAUUAUACAUUUGGACCAACAGAAGUUGUUCUAUUACAAGGGUAAUUAUUCAAUGUUUAAGAAAAUGUAUGCACAAAAGAGGAAAGAAAUGAUAAAGGAGUAUGAGAAACAAGAAAAGAGAUUAAAGGAUUUGAAGGCUCAUGGACAGUCAAAGAAACAAGCAGAGAAAAAACAAAAGGACGCCCUGACUCGCAAACAAGAAAAGAAUCGCAGCAAAUCUCAGCGCGAAGAGGCCGAAGAGAACUCUGCGCCGGUGACGUUGCUGCAACGGCCCAAGGAGUAUAUCGUCAAGUUCAGCUUCCCGGACCCUCCGCCUUUGCAGCCGCCUAUACUUGGCUUACACAAUGUGGAUUUCAACUUCCCCGGUCAGAAGCCGCUGUUCAAGGAUGUAGACUUCGGUAUAGAUCUUAAUUCCCGCGUGGCCAUCGUCGGACCUAAUGGUGUCGGUAAAUCUACCUUCCUAAAACUGCUCGUUGGUGAACUGAGUCCAAUUCGUGGUGAAUUAAUUAGGAAUCAUAGAUUGAGGAUUGGUCGCUUCGAUCAGCAUUCGGGUGAGCACUUGACAGCUGAAGAGUCGCCCGCGGAAUAUCUCCAGCGGCUGUUCGGACUUCAAUACGAGAAGGCGCGUAAGGCCUUGGGCACGUUCGGGCUGGCCAGUCACGCGCACACCAUCAAGAUGAAAGACCUCAGCGGAGGGCAGAAGGCUCGGGUCGCCUUAGCGGAGUUAACUCUGAUGGCGCCUGAUGUUGUUAUAUUGGAUGAACCGACAAACAAUUUGGAUAUAGAGAGUAUAGAUGCGUUAGCGGAGGCCAUCAACCAAUACAAAGGUGGCGUAGUGAUAGUGUCUCACGACGAGCGUCUCAUCAGGGAGACUGACUGCGCGCUCUACGUCAUAGAGGACCAGACAAUUAAUGAGGUCGACGGCGAUUUCGACGACUACCGCAAAGAACUAUUGGAGAGUCUGGGUGAAACGAUCAACUCACCGUCUAUCAUUGCUAAUGCGGCUGUACAGCAGUAAACUUCGUAUAUAUACAGAGUGUAAGGGGAACACAUUAGAAAAUAUUCGAAUUUGUAUAAUAUGUAUGGGGGAAUUUUCUUUUUAAUCGA